GCCCUCCUUCGGAAGAUGCUAUUUACACAUGUGUGACUCGACAGAAGACUGUAUAUGAAGCCUUUGAAGGCAAUCUGCUCUCAAACAUUAGUUUCUAAAGACACCCAAGCGCCGAAAAUGGCCACUUUCUUCGGUGAAGUGAUCAACCUACCGUCUCGGGCUGUGGACGACGAUGAAGAAGAGGAAGAGGAUGAAACUCAGUCGCGUUUCCCGGAGCCAGAGUUGCAGUGGAAGCAUGAUUUCCAAAAAGACAUUGAACAGUCUCCUGGGAAAAGGUUCGGCUGUGAAAUGCUCAUCAUUGGCAUUGGCCCAGCAGCAACAGGUUUCUUAGAUGCCUACAUCCUUUGGGAUGACCCCACCAUUGUGGGGACAAUAGACUGCGACCCCAACAGGUCAGAGGUCAGGCCAGAAUCUGUGGCAGGUCACCGCACGUGCUCAGUGUAUCGGCUCAAACGGCAGCCAGAGGUUCUGGUUUGCCAGUGCAAGCACGAAAUAGUUCCAGAGAUGUGUCACAUCUGGACAGAAAAGAUGUUCCAAGACCUUGACACAACAAAACUCCAGGUCAUCGUCAUGGAUACGGCCCCGACAACAGAGUACAGAACGCAAAUGUCGCCCUCGGAAAUGUCAACCCCUUUCCUCCGGUCACUUCAGUCCCAGACGCACAGUUCUAAGUUGCAGUGCCAAGUGUUAGAGUCGCCUAAUGUUGUCAAAGGACUAAGUGCUGCAGUACUGAGCCACUGCCACAUAUUUGGCGUGUCCUGUGUUGUCUAUGUUGGGUUUCUGGAUGGCCUGUUUCUACACACAGACGACAUCAAAGUAUUCAAUUCCCUGUUGUCAAACAGUCCUCUCAAGAAAAUAUACAAGAAGAACCCUAAUGCUGAUGCAGUCUUAAGGAAACUUGUGGAGAGAAGGGCCCUACACGGCAGUCUGUAUACGUGAGAAACAAUCGACAUGAAAAAUCAAAUUCUAAAAUCGAGCCUGUUUUAUACCAAAAAAAAUACGGUUAAUUACCAUAAUUUGACUUGCUGUAGUCGUUCACUUGCUAGUUGACAAUCGUCAAACUUUUUUUCAGUCCAAUACAACCAAAUAUAUUAUCUCUUGAAGUACAGUUAGCUUUGAAAAGCAUUACAAGAAGAUUCUGCAUUAGCCAUUCAGUAAUUUUCGUUGUACUGGAAAAGUAUACCUUCUAUGAAAAGUAAAACGACAGAUAAAUCUUGA